UUCUUCUAACCAAAGCAGAGCAGAAAUCAUACCAAAAAUGGUAACCAUAAAAGAGCAAGUCAGCCAUUGUUGAAUGUCUUCUUUCACUCUCCUUUCUUAUGGAGAUUUCCCAAGUUUGGGAGGAGGGAAAAUGAGAGCGAAAAGAAAGAAAGGAAAGGAGAAAAAAAAAAAAAAAAGAAAAGCGCAAAGGAAAAUUUGGCAAACAUGAGCUCUGGUUAAUCCACGUGGCGGAAUAUCAGUGGUUAGGUGCUUUUGAUGGGCUGCUUUCCCUCUCUAUUUCUCUCUCUCUCAUGCGCUGCCAUGUCAGAAGUGUAAACCCCGUCCUAUGACCCCGGCGAAUCCGUAUCUUCUGAAAGUAAUGCAGAGGACUGAGAGAUGAAGGAUAGUGGCUCCACGACUAGCAAAAUGAUAAACAGAAAUUGGGUCUUGAAGCGCAAGCGGAAAAAGCUUUUGUAUGGACGAGUCCUUGCCAAUGGUAAAGAAGAGAAGUUAGCAGCCUUGGAGUCUCCCAGGAGUACUUCGGCUGCUAAACGAAGAGCCAAGAGUGAAUUAAGUUCUGAUUUAUCUUCAUCCAAGAAGAAAGGAAAUGAUGGGUAUUACUAUGAAUGCGUGAUCUGUGACCUUGGUGGCAACUUGUUGUGUUGUGAUAGCUGUCCAAGCGUCUACCAUCUUCAGUGCCUUGAUCCACCUCUUAAGCGCAUCCCAAUGGGGAAGUGGCAAUGUCCAAAGUGCUCUCAGAAGAAUGAUCCACUUAAGUCCAUUACCCAACUGGAUUCCAUUUCAAAGCGGGCUAGAACAAAAGUUGUUACAGCAAAUUCUAAGGCUGGAAUUAAGUCAUCUGACACUCAAAAAGUAUCCCAGAUAUUUGGAAGCUCCAUUCUCUCCAAACGAAGGUCCUCUAGCAAAGGGAAAGAUGUGUUAACUUUUGGAGUUAAAUCCUGUGAAAAGGAAGCAGAUUCUUCCUUGGAUGAAUCUACUAGUACCAAGCCAAGUGAUCCAUUCCUAGUCUGUGUAGAGGGUACCUCAUCAUGUGUGAAUGCUGAUGAUGCAAAGGAAUCUGCAGUGUCUCCACCUGCAUCACCUGCAGACAAGAAGUCAACUUCUCAUGCUGAGGAGACUUUAUCUCAUUCUAAACUUACAAAAUCUGGGCCAAAUGAUGAAGCAUCUGAUGAAAAGCAUGACUUUUCUUGUUACAAUGGAUCUCCAAGAAGCAAAAUUGUACUUGCAAUUGGUGCUGCCUCUAAGAAAGAUAGAAAAAGAAAACAUGAACUCAAUGGGGACAGCAUAAAGAAGCAUAGGACUGACAGGGGCAGACGAACUUCUAAGAAAUGGGAAUCAAAAGCCAAUAAUACAUCCUCUGGAACUAGUAAAUUGCACCAGAAAAGGAAAACUGGCACUCACAGAGUUUCUGAAUCUUUAUCAGAGAAUGAUGUUGGAACCAAGAGCUUAGAUGCACAGGGAAAGAAUGAGAAGCUUCCUGAGGAACUUGUGCACCCAUCAGUUGAGUCGGGUAAGACUGGCGGGGUUAUGGAUGGAACACGAAUAUGUGAAGAUGUUAUCCUUGAAGUUCAACAGGUUGAUCGGGUUUUGGGAUGUCGAAUUGAAGAUGAUAAUUCUAGCUCUUCCCGUAAUAUCUCUUUGAUUGCUACAGAUGACCUGCCUUCUAAGGAGUUGCUUAUUCCAGAAACACAAAAUAGAGGGGAAAAUUCUAAUUGUGAUAUUGAUUCAGAUGUAGUAGUUGCUGAAAAUCUUGUCGGGGGCUCUCCAGGCAUCAAGCAAAGAUUUGAUAGGAGAGAAAGCAGGAAGAAUGACACUAGAGUGGAUAAAAUAAAUGUAUAUAAAAGAUCUGCUAACAAAGAUUGUAAAGGAGGAAAUGUCAUUGAUUUAGCAGGGAAAGAUGACAAGGAUUCAGGUUCCAAAGGCCCAAGUGAUAAAGAUCAAGAUGAGUCCACAGAAUGCACAGAAGAUUUUGCACAACAACAUGAAAAGGUGCUGACAGAAAAUGUUGAUGUUUCUACCAAAAGUCAAGAUAUGAUUGAAUUUUCCAAAGAUUGUGAACCACAUUUAUCUCCUGAAACCAAUGUUAGAGAAGAAGCAGAUAUGGAAAUGAAAAUGAGUGGUGGUGAUGAAAAAAAUGUUCAGGAGCCUGCCAAGAUUGAACCAGCAUGUAGUAAUAAUGGGGAGACAACAUCAUAUGAAUUCUUAGUUAAAUGGGUAGGGAAGUCUCAUAUACACAAUGCUUGGAUUUCUGAAUCUCGGCUGAAAGUUCUUGCAAAGAGAAAGCUAGAAAAUUACAAGGGAAAGUAUGGAACAGCUGUGAUAAAUAUAUGUGAGGAAAAGUGGAAGCAGCCUCAGCGUAUAAUUUCUCUCCGUACUUCCAGAGAUGGUACACGGGAAGCUUUUGUGAAAUGGACUGGUCUACCUUAUGAUGAAUGCACUUGGGAAAGAGUGGAUGAACCUGUUCUGUCAAAAUCUCCACAUAUGAUUGAUAUGUUUGAUCAGUUAGAACGGCAAACACUGGAAAAAGAUGCUAUGGGGAAUGAUCUGACAAAGGGGAGGGGUGAUAGUCAUCAAAAUGAGAUUGUUACUCUUACAGAGCAGCCUAAGGAACUAAAAGGAGGCACAUUGUUUCCCCAUCAGCUUGAAGCGUUGAAUUGGUUGCGUAAAUGCUGGAACAAAUCCAAAAAUGUGAUCCUUGCUGAUGAGAUGGGGCUUGGGAAAACAGUAUCUGCUUGUGCCUUUAUUUCAUCACUAUAUUUUGAGUUUAAAGCUUCUUUGCCUUGUUUGGUCUUAGUUCCGCUUUCCACUAUGCCAAAUUGGCUAGCUGAGUUUGCAUUAUGGGCUCCUAACUUAAAUGUUGUGGAAUAUCAUGGGUGUGCAAAAGCAAGGGCCAUAAUUCGCCAAUAUGAAUGGCAUGCUAAUGAUCCAAAUAAGAUGAAUAAGAAAACUGCUUCUUACAAAUUUAAUGUUCUUUUAACUACUUAUGAAAUGGUUCUUGCUGAUUCCUCCUAUUUGCGUGGAGUUCCCUGGGAAGUGCUUGUGGUUGAUGAGGGUCACCGUCUAAAGAAUGCUGAAAGCAAGCUGUUCAGCUUGCUCAAUACAUUUUCUUUUCAACAUCGUGUUCUCUUGACUGGUACCCCUCUUCAAAAUAACAUUGGUGAAAUGUACAAUUUACUUAAUUUCUUACAGCCAGCUUCAUUCCCUUCUCUAUCUUCAUUUGAGGAGAAAUUUAAUGAUCUUACCACUGCUGAAAAAGUGGAAGAAUUGAAAAAACUUGUUGCUCCACAUAUGCUUCGACGGCUUAAAAAGGAUGCGAUGCAAAAUAUCCCUCCCAAGACAGAAAGAAUGGUUCCUGUUGAGUUGACUUCUAUCCAAGCUGAAUACUACCGUGCAAUGCUGACAAAGAACUAUCAGGUAUUACGGAACAUUGGAAAAGGGGUUGCUCAGCAAUCAAUGCUGAACAUUGUAAUGCAGUUGAGAAAGAUUUGCAAUCAUCCCUACCUCAUACCAGGUACUGAGCCUGAUUCUGGGUCAGUAGAAUUCCUUCAUGAAAUGCGAAUAAAAGCUUCAGCCAAGUUGACUCUGCUGCAUUCCAUGCUAAAAGCAUUAUACAAGGAAGGUCAUAGAGUUCUUAUUUUCUCUCAGAUGACUAAACUUCUAGAUAUACUUGAAGAUUAUUUAACUAUAGAGUUUGGGCCCAAAACAUAUGAGAGAGUGGACGGAUCUGUAUCUGUCUGUGAUCGUCAGGCAGCAAUUACACGUUUCAACCAAGACAAAAGCAGAUUUGUGUUCUUGUUAUCAACACGCUCGUGUGGCCUUGGAAUCAAUCUGGCAACAGCUGACACUGUCAUUAUUUAUGAUUCUGAUUUCAACCCGCAUGCUGAUAUCCAAGCUAUGAACCGGGCGCAUCGCAUUGGACAAUCGAAUAGACUUUUGGUAUAUCGGCUUGUUGUUCGUGCCAGUGUUGAGGAGCGCAUCUUGCAGCUUGCUAAAAAGAAAUUGAUGCUUGACCAGCUUUUCGUGAAUAAGUCUGGAUCGCAGAAGGAAGUGGAAGAUAUUCUACGAUGGGGAACAGAGGAACUUUUUGGUGAUUCUUCUAGCAUGAUUGGGAAAGAUAUUACUGAAAGUAAUAGCAACAAAGAUGAUGCAGUAAUAGAUAUAGAGCAAAAGCAGAGGAAAAGGGGUGGUGGGCUUGGGGAUGUGUACAAGGAUAAAUGUACAGAUGGUGGCAACAAUAUUGUCUGGGAUGAAAACGCAAUUGCAAAAUUGCUUGAUCGUUCAAACCUUCAGUCUGGGAUAGCUGAUGUUGCUGAAAUGGAUUUUGAGAAUGACAUGCUUGGAUCCGUCAAGUCUGUGGAAUGGAAUGAUGAAACAGCAGAAGAUCAAGGUGGGGUUGAAUCACCUCCUGUUGUGGCUGAAGAUAUUUGUGGACAAAAUUCAGACAGAAAAGAGGAUAAUGCAGUGACUACCGCUGAAGAAAAUGAAUGGGACAGGCUUCUGCGCUCAAGGUGGAUGAAAUAUCAAAAUGAGGAGGAAGCAGCACUUGGUCGAGGGAAGCGCCAGAGGAAAGCUGUUUCUUACAGGGAAGCAUAUGCUCCACAUCCAAGUGAAACAUUGAGUGAGCAGAGUGGUGGUGAAGAGGAACGGGAGCCAGAGCCAGAGAGGGAAUAUACACCAGCUGGACGAGCAUUGAAAAUGAAGUAUGCUAGGCUUCGUGCUAGACAAAAAGAACGGCUUGCUCAGCGCAAUGCUAUUGAAGAAUGCUGCCCCAGUGAGGGUCUUCCUUUACCUGACUUACUGCCUCAGCCUCAAUUUCCUCCCACCAAUGAGAGAGACAAGGAUCACGCAAAGGGUUUAUUUCAAGCAGUGGGAGAAAAGUCUUCAGUAUUUGAAGUCGAGGAUAAUAAAUUUCCCCCUCCAUCUGAUACACCAAAGAGCAAGGCUGAUUCAACCUUAAGGCUGGGUCGGGUAUCAAAGCAUAAAAUGAGCAGUCAUCUGGACCUUUCGGUUAAUUCUCACGAUUACCCUUCUCCUGACAUCAACAUUCCAAGUCAACAAAAUCAGGGCAUGGGCCAUGCAAACUACAACUUGUUACCAGUUCUGGGUCUGUGUGCUCCCAAUGCCAAUCUGUUUGAUUCAUCACACAGGAAGUCAUCAAGAUCCAAUAGUAGACAGAGCAAGCCAGCAAAUGGACCAGAGUUUCCUUUUAUUCUACCUCCUUCCUCUAGAACUUCAAUUGAGACAGAUUUAAAACGGCAGGAGAUCAAUGCAUCAGCAGAAGUCUUGCAAAAGCACCUUAAAAGUAGCCUAUCAGAUGGUUGGCUCCCGUUUAGUCCGUGUCCUCCAACUGUCCCACAAGGGAGGACUUCUGAUGGUUUUGAGAGUUCUAGUUUUACGGAGUUCCAAGAAAAAAUGUCGAUUCCAAAUUUACCUUUUGAUGAGAAAUUGCUGCCCAGAGUCUCAGUUCCUGCUAAAAGCAUGCCAAUCUCAUACCCGGACUUAUUACCUAGCCUAUCACUUGGAGGCAGACUUGAAGCUGUAAAUGACUCUAUGCGAGACCUUCCAGCAAUGCCUUUGUUGCCCGGUUUGAAAUUCCCCUCUCAGGAUGUACCAAUUUACAAUCAGCUAGACAAGGAAGUACUGCCCGUGCUGGGUUUGGGUCAGAUGCCAACUAACCUUCCACCAUUUCCUGAAAACCACAGGAAGGUACUUGAAAACAUAAUGAUUAGGACUGGGUCUGGAUCAAGUAACUUCUAUAGAAAGAAAUUGAGAACAGAUGGCUGGUCUGAAGAUGAACUUGAUUUUCUAUGGAUUGGUGUUCGAAGACAUGGUAGAGGUAAUUGGGAUGCAAUGCUUAGAGACCCCAGGUUAAAAUUUUCCAAGUAUAAAACUACAGAAGAUUUGGCUGCUAGGUGGGAGGAGGAACAACUGAAGAUCUUGGAUGCGCCCCCUUUCUCAGGGCCAAAGGCAAGUAAGCUGGCACAAUCUUCCAGAUCGUGCUUGUUCCCAAGUGUUCCUGAGGGAAUGAUGGCACGGGCGUUGAAUGGUAGUCGACUUGUUACACCACCGAAAUUUCACUCUCAUUUGACGGACAUGAAACUGGGCUUUGGUGACCCGUCUUCGAGUCUGCCGCAUUUUGAGCCAUCAGAUCAACUUAGUUUGCAGAAUGAGCAUUUUGGGCCUAUUCCAAGUUGGAAUCUUGACAAAUUUCGCACAAAUUUUGCUGGAGAUUCUACUGCAGGACCCUCUUCAAAUUUUUCUAGUGAAAUGCCAUUUCUUCUCAAUUCAUUUGGAGCUAGCAACUUAGGCUCUCUGGGUUUGAAUGGCUGUAGCAGCUUUGAUUUACAUCGGGAGGAGGAAAAUGGCAACAUGAAGUAUGGGAAGUUGCCCUGUCUUCUGGAUAGGUCAUUAACUAUAUUGCGUGAUUCUCAGAAUAACAUUGGAAAUGGGGAAUCUAGUUCAGCUUUAUUCCCAGAUCAUAACUGUGGGAUAUAUAUUUCACAUUCAAAGGGUAAAGAAGUAGUUGGAAGCAGUUCUUCAAAGAAUAAGCUACCCCAUUGGCUUAGGGAAGCUGUACAUGCUCCUGCUAAACUGCCAGAACCAGAGCUGCCACCCACUGUAUCAGCUAUAGCUCAAUCAGUUCGUGUACUAUAUGGAGAAAGUAAGCCAAACAUUCCUCCUUUUGUUAUACCGGGUCCACCUCCAACCCAACCAAAGGAUCCAAGGCGGACUCUGAAGAAGAAAAAGAAGCGGAGAUCACAUAUGUUCAGGCAGUUUCCUCAAGACAUUGCAGGAAGCAUGCAGAAUUUUAAAAGCAGCAUUCCAGGUUGCAUUGUUGCUUCGUCCUCUGCUCAGCCAGUCCCAACAUUUCAACUGCCUCCCUCUUUAAUUCCUGGAACUUCAGGACAUGCAUGGAACGAAUCUGACCCAAAUUUUCCUAAUAAGCACAUGCUACACUCCCUAACAUCGUCUUCGUUUUUAAAUCUAUCAAAGAAAACAAGCAUGGGCUUGUCCCCAUCUUCUGAAGUGCUUCAACUGGUAGCUUCCUGUGUGGCCCCAGGCCCACAUUUGCCAUCUACUUCGGGCCUGACAAGCUCUAGCUUUCUUGACAGCAAGCUUCCCUUGCCGAAAUCUGUCAACCAUGUAGAAUGUUUGAAUUCAGGAGGUGCUGUGCAGAAAAAUAUGGAUAUGCAGAGCUUGCCCCCCGAUGCACAGGUCAUGCUCCCAGAAAACAAAACGAACCAACCUGAUAGUGGUGAUUCUAGCAAGACUCAGACUGAACAGCCUGAUGUAGAGGUGAUAUCGUCCGAGGGAACUGUAUCAGAUCACCCUGUGAGUGAGCAUGAGCCAUAGCUAUGUGACAAAAUGAUGUAUCGGACAUUAUUAUUCUUUCAGGCUAUUAGAGUUCCAGGCUUUUCAGUUAUGUGCUCGAAUUUUUGUAGGUAUGAUGUAAUGUGUGAUAACUAGCGUACAUAGGAUCAUGUAGGACAUCUUUUGUAAAUUUAUUGUAAGAGAAAAUGAAAGGCAAAGUGUUUCUGCUUGGUA